AUAAAAUUGUGCUAAAUUGUCCGAUAUCAUCUACUGAGAUUGAGGAGGGAAAAAAUGCCACUACUAUGACGACGUUACCACACCUGUUUAUGGUUCAAUAACUUGAAGCAGGUUAAAAUGGACAUUGAAUAUUUCAGAGACAAACUGUUAAGAAUAUAUUUACUUGCCAAUCGAAUUGGAAAGUAAGUCAAUUAUAUUUUUAGUUAUACAUUAGUCGACUAAGUCUUCAAACUGGAAAAAUAAAAAUAAGACAGUGUUUAAGGAAUAUUAGCAAGUGGAAUGAGGGAUGAAUAAGAAUGGCUGUCAUCAUUAUCGCUCGUAUCCCUGUACUAGUGUUCGUUAUUUGGUUGUCUUUGAUGCUGUUUAUGACAAGAAUGGUCUGGAAAACCAUAGACAACAAGAUAGCUGAUGUUCAUCGACAGCAAGGAAACCAAAAGAAAGAAAUCCAAUUUCUACACCUUGUCAUUCAAUUUCCUUUGUUAUCAAAUGCAUCAUCAAAUGAUACGGGAUUUGCACGUGAAAGACAGCUUGAAUACAUCCAGACGUUACAAAGAAACCUGGCCCAUCCUUUGGUGAAAAGAGUCCAUAUUCUCUGCGAAGAUUACCAAGCAAUGAGAUUCAUUAAACAUCACUUCAAACUAAAUGCACAGAAAAUCAUACUGAAGAAUAUUGGUCAUCGAUUGCUUUAUAGCGACUCCUUGGCUUACGUGUCCAAACAACUGCUUUUCAAAACCUGCAUUAUAAUGCAUGCUGAUAUCUACAUUGGGAAGGGAUUCGAACGACUAGAUCCAAACAUUUUGAAGCAAGGAACGAUGUACGCAUUAACAAGACACGAGGACAGAGAACAGAUGAAGGCUUGUCCAGGGAUCAAGGACUUUUGUGGCAACAACUCUAAAUAUAUCGGUUCUCAUGAUGCCUUUGUUAUGCAUUUAGUACGUCCGCUUCCUGAUGAAGUACUUUCGAAAAUGAACUACAGGCCCAAUCUCGUAGGCGCCGAGAAUGUUUUCAUUUACAUGCUAGAGACAUAUGGACAUUUUCGAUUCAAAAAUCCUUGUUCUAUUUUAUAUAUCAUCCAUAAUCAAUGCAGAACUGGUAGGGACAUGAAACACCGGCUUGUAGAAGGACAAAGGCUAGAGAGUUAUCUUAAAGUACCUGGAAGGUCGGCAGGAUUUUCUGGUCUUUAAAGCUGCUAUGGAUCUUUAAAUUGUAACAGGAUUAAAACGAAGGGAAAUAAGCGGGCAACUACAGAAUAACCCGCAAAUGAUAUGCAGUUGUCAAAACUCUUUGUAAAACGAGCCAUACAACAAUAGAAGUCGUUGCUAUUAACGACGGGCAUAUUUGCGGGGCAUUCUGCAGUUAUACGAAAUAAGGGAAUAGAAAAGAUAAAUUUGAAUUUUUUGGUCGAUUUAUAUCCGAUACAUUGCCAAAAAUAUGAAAGGUACUGACUGAUUAGGUUUGAUUGACGGCAGCGAAAAACUAAAUUUCAGCGUGCAGCUCGCAGAUUUAGAGUUCGCAUCUUUAUGAAAACUGCAGUAACCGUAUCGUCUUGUUUCAAAACGCAAAUGAUGAAUAAGCAUAAAUUAAAAAUCAACAGCUCCACGCUAGCAUUGACUUGUGUCUUUUCCUGUUUAAGGGAGAACCUGGACUCGGCCAACUGUAGGUAAGAAAACAGGACAAAACAUUAAUAUAAGAGGGACCUUAAAGCACCUGUUGAACUAUUCUUAUAAUAAAAGGAGGUUGACAUGUUGAAAUACCUAAUAAGUAAUAACAAGAGAAAAUGAACCAAGAGAAGGAAUCCCCGCGCCCCAUCAUGUGCACACUUUGAUGCUGAUACCAUACCCGCGCGAUAAUAAUGCUUCCCUUUAAUGCCUCGUUUUCGAAAACGAAAAGCGCCAUAUUUCGUUUCGUCCCCGAGAAAAACACCGGCUUUUGUUUACUGCAAGACUGGAAGCCGCCUACCCUCAAGAAAUCAACCAAUCAGGUUCUUCGCUCAAAAUAUCUCCAAGCUAAAAAUAGCAUCAAAACUGUGCAAAUGAUGGUUACAAGGCUAUAUAGGUAGGAUUCCUUCUCUUAGUUCAUAUUCUCUUGGUUAUUAUAGAUGUUUUGUAUCAACCACGUAAUACUUUAUUUUUAACCAAGCUUUCGGAGAUAAUUCUCCAUUAUCAGGGUAUUGAAAAAUAGUAAUAGAGCACGAGGUAAAUUCAAAAAACAUAGAACACCUAAUAAGUUCAUUGUAACAUGGAGGGCCACAGACUUGUCAGUGAAAAUUGUUACGUGUUACGUAUACCCUCCUUAAAUAAAGCUAAUUAAUUGGUUGA